GUGAGGCAUUGUGCACACAUUUGAUCAGUUUAAUGAAAACAACCCAUAUACCUCUGCACUGAUGACACCAUUGCAGUUGCUGUUUCUUCCUGUUUCUCUGUUUCCGUCACAUUUUAUCAUUUGAAUGAAUUCUUCCUGAAGCUCUUCAGUCCUUGAAGAUGUCUGACGCUUGCAGCUCUGAACCUGCAGGAGCCAUCAAGGCCAUUGAUAAGAACUCAGUGCAUCAAAUCUGCUCAGGACAGGUGGUACUGACUCUGUCCACUGCUGUCAAGGAGCUGGUGGAAAACAGCAUUGAUGCGGGGGCUACUAACGUUGAUGUCAGGCUAAAGGAGUGCGGAGCUGAACUAGUGGAAGUGUCAGACAAUGGCAAAGGGGUAGAGGAGGCCAAUUUUGAAGGACUGACAUUGAAACAUCACACGUCGAAGCUGAAGGAUUUCUCCGAUCUCAUCCGCGUGGAAACGUUUGGCUUCAGAGGGGAAGCCCUCAGCUCCUUGUGUGCUCUGAGUGUCCUCAGUGUGGUGACGUGCCACGAGUCCAGCCAGGUGGGGACCAAGCUGGUGUUUGACCACAAAGGCCACCUAGUGCAGCGGUCUCCCCAUCCACGGCAGCAAGGCACCACCGUCAGCCUGCAGCAGCUCUUCUACACCCUGCCUGUCCGGCACAAGGAGUUCCAACGCAAUAUCAAGAAGGAGUAUGCCAAGAUGAUACAUGUCCUGCAGUCCUACUGCGUCAUCUCCACAGGAGUGCGCAUCACCUGCUCCAACCAAAACGGGCAGGGCAAGCGCAGCACAGUUCUCGGCACCAGUGGCAGCCAGAGCAUGAGGGACAACAUCGGGGCUAUAUUUGGACCAAAACAGCUACAGAGUCUUCUGCCUUUUCAACAAGUGUCUCCAGCAGAAAAUGUUAUUGAAGAAUAUGGACUCAAAGAUGCAGAUCUACCUCAGCAGCUGUUUAACAUGACGGGGUUCGUGUCACGAGGAGACCACGGCGUGGGGAGAAGUGCCACUGACAGGCAGUUCUUUUUCAUUAACAACCGGCCCUAUGAUCCUCUUAAGGUGACCAAACUAGUGAACGAAGUGUAUCACACGUAUAACCGACAUCAAUAUCCAUUUGUCGCCUUGAACAUAGCCGUCGCCCACGAGUGCGUGGACGUGAAUGUCACACCAGACAAACGACAGAUCUUCCUGCAGGAGGAGAAGCUCUUGCUGGCUAUUCUAAAGACCUCGCUCAUCAACAUGUUUGAGGAUGGAGUCAAUAAGAUCAGCCUGAACUACACACCCAUACCCAGGACCAACACAAAGUCUCCGUCCAAAAUCCAUCCCGCCGUCCCGUCCAAUGAGAGCGUGCCAGAACCCGCAGAGGACAUGGAACCAGUAUCUCGGAGGUCAAAGUCGUCCCUGAACCUGGCCGGCCUGAAAGCUGCUUUUUCAAGUCACCACGGCUCUGGGAACAAGUCGAGUGUGGCAAAAGCUGCCGACAGUGGCCCGGCACAGAAAACACUGCAGUCUUUUUUCAAGAACCCUGUCAAACCUCCUACACCGUCUCCUUUGAAACCCGUAGGCGAUCAAACUAAUCGCCCCCCGGUGGGAGAGUCGGCGCUAGACGGGUUCAGGUACGGAGGGAGGUUAUGCGGCGGUACGGACUCCGAAAAAAACAGCGCCUUGUCAGAUAGUGACGUAACUACACCGGAUAGUCAGUGUUCUGGCCUGGAGGUCGGUCCCCCCGAAGAGGCCGACGGUGUAAAAAAAGAAACUUUGGAGGAAGAAACGUCAGAGAAUGUUCCCUCUGUUCCCGAGCACCCGGAGGUGCAGACUGAUCCACGCACUUCCAACGGGGGCCACGCUGUGAGCCCUGACGCCAAGAGGGCCAGGACGGAGAAGAAGCCGCGUCUCCCGGCCGAACGCGAGUCCAACGCAGUGGACGCGCCGGUCUGUCUGCAGAAGAGGACGGUGCCCCUCCAGUUCUGUUUACGAGAGCUGGCGGGGAAGGUGAAGAAGCUCCAGGACCUGCAGAGACAGAGGGACCAUGAUGAUGAUCUGCGCUAUCGACGAUUCAGGGCCAAGAUCAACCCCGGGGAAAACCAGAGUGCAGAGGAAGAGCUCAAGAAAGAGAUCAGUAAAGACAUGUUCAAAGAGAUGGAGGUCAUCGGCCAGUUCAACCUGGGCUUCAUUAUCACCAAACUCAACCGUGACAUCUUCAUGAUUGACCAACAUGCCUCGGAUGAGAAAUACAACUUUGAGAUGCUGCAGCAACACACCGUGCUCCAAGGACAGAAACUCAUCAUCCCUCAGAAGCUUCACCUCACGGCUGUUAGUGAAAACGUACUCCUAGAGAACAUCGAGAUUUUCAGGAAGAAUGGCUUUGAAUUUCUUGUCAAUGAGGACGCUCAGGUAAUGGAGAGAGUUAAGCUGGUAUCUUUGCCUACAAGUAAAAACUGGACAUUUGGCCCGGCCGACAUUGAAGAGCUGAUCUUCAUGUUGAGUGACAGCCCGGGGGUCAUGUGUCGACCGUCCCGCGUCAGGCAGAUGUUUGCAUCCCGAGCUUGUCGAAAAUCUGUGAUGAUUGGCACUGCUCUGAGUGUCGGUGAGAUGAAGAAGCUCCUGGUUCACAUGGGGGAGAUCAACCAUCCAUGGAACUGUCCUCACGGCAGGCCCACCAUGAGGCACCUCGCCAACCUGGACAUCAUCUCACAAGACUGAGCAUGUUGGGACAAUCUCACUUUGUUAGUUUUAUAUAACUGGAAUGUUGCCCUGAUUGACUGAAAGGUCCAAAUCAUAGAUACUGUAUUUGCAUGUGGUUCAAAUGCUUGUUAUUCGUAGUUUAUUAUGUUUUUUAAUAUCUAUUAUGCUCCCCUUUUAUUUGUAUAUUGCAUCACACAAUAUAUAUUGUAUUAUAUUUUAACACCCAAUGAAUAGGGUGAAUAAACCUGCUACAUCCCACUGUU